AUGGUUAAAGUAGAUGAGGGUGGUUCAGAUGGUAAAGGAGAUUGGGUUCAUGAAAUAAUUACCACCUUUUUCGAGUCUGAAUGGAAACUGUUUGGCCAAGAAGCAUCUCCAUAUUCUCAGUGUGCUUGGGAUGAACUAGAACCAGGCUACUAUGAAUAUCCAUUUGCAUUAAAGGUAAGCCUAGUUUCCCAAUGUCAAUUAUCCCCUUCGAUGGAAGAACCUGCUGGUUUUGCUAUUCGAUAUAUUUGGACUGCUCAGGUAGAUGGUCCUGCUCUUCAAUCAGGAUUGAAAAGCAGAGAAUAUGUUACCCCUUAUAGACCUAUCAUUGUAUCUAUAGAAGACAAAGAAUGGGUCUAUAAAACAACACUAAAAGAAAAAAAACAAGCUCUAGCAGAAGUACAAGCUAAACUGUUUAAACAAACUUACUGUCCAGACGAACCUUUUAAGAUGCAACUCAAUAUGACUAUACUGCAUUCUGAUUCUAAAAUCACUAACAUUGCUUAUAAGUUCCGUAAACACCAUGAAGGCAAAAUGCUUGUUCAGCAAGGUACAGCUUUCCGGGAAAAUGUACGCACCAUCAUUCAGGAUACUGUUAGCUUGACUUCUUCCGACUUGACUCAACUCUCUGAAAACAUUCAAUUUGAUGUGCCAACUCGCCUUGUAUCUCCUUCCUUUAUUUCUCGUCAUACACGCGUUUACUAUGAUCUUUAUUUCCAAGUUGUAAUUGAGCAAGGCCAUCUGUUCAAAACAAGCUACACGACAGAAUUUGCCAUCCCUAUCACCAUUGCCAAUCUUCCUUAUGAUCAAUUGUUGCGUAUUCCUGAUUUAACAGCGAUACAACACUAUCGGGAUUCAAGUGAAUGUCCCUUGUUCUUUGAUCCUGGACUCGACGAACCACCAGCACCUCAAGGUCUUCCUUCUGAACUCAUUGGCCCAUUGACAGCUGCCUUAAUGAGUCCCAACUCAAAUGAUGAACAACCACCCAGCUAUUUCAGUCUGCCUGAACUACCACCACAGUUUCAAUUAAGAAGAGAGAGAAAAGAAAGAACCGUGUUUAUGACCAGACAAGCUCGCGGUGCAUAUCAUGGUGCAGAUCUAACUGAAGCCACCAUUAUUCCUGGUCUAUUUGAUGAAGAUUGGUAG